CAUACUAUCCGAGCUAUGGGACUCGGCGGUGUGUCGACAUCUAUUUACACUGCGUAGAUCUGUCCUUGUUGCUGUGGUAGCCUGCACGGGACAGAUAACCAACCCUGAGCCGGCCUGAGUCAGCGAGUGAGUUAGCGCAUGCGCGCUGUCCGCUUGUUUCCAUUGUCGCUGCUAGCUGUGGCGAACACAGCCGGGGAGAGAGAGUGGAAGCCGGGAACAACAGCGGAGAACAGUCCGGGCAGUGAACCAGGGACUGUACACACCAACCCAGGACCAGCGUUUUUACACAGCUGGGAUAAGAAACAAAGAACGCCAUACACGCUCGGGAUCAACACCAGCGCAGCGCGGCGCAGUAUCUGUCUUGUAUAUACUGUACAAAGACCGGUCUGGUCUCUCUCCGCCGAAACUGUAGUCUGGGACGCCGGCAGCGAAGGAGGAUGUGCUCGGCGAUGUAUGCGUUGUCCACCCUCGGCGGGUACGUGCUCACCUCGGUCGUGCUGUUCAAGUGCCCGUCGCUGUUGCACAGGAGGAAGAAGGAGACGUUCCGGAGUCGACACAUCUCCCACCGCGGCGGUGCUGGAGAGAACUUGGAGAACACAAUGGCUGCCUUCAAACACGCGGUGGAGCUGGGCACAGACAUGCUGGAGCUGGACUGUCACAUGACCAAGGACGGGGAGGUGGUCGUGUCACAUGACAAGAACCUGAAGAGGUCGACGGGGGUCUGCGCUAACAUCUCGGAGCUGACCUACGCUGAGCUGCCGCCUUACCUGUGCAAGCUGGACGUCUCUUUCCAGAGAGAGUGCAGCUGUGAGGGAGGGGAUGACAAGCGCAUCCCUCUGCUGAGGGAGGUGUUCGACGCCUUCCCAAACACCCCGGUCAACAUCGACAUCAAGGUCAACAACGACACGCUCAUCAGGAAGGUGUCAAAACUGGUGACCAAGUACAACCGGGAACACCUGACUGUGUGGGGCAACUCCAGCAGCCAGAUAGUGGAGAAGUGCUACAAGGAGAACCCUCGAAUUCCACUGCUGUUCAGCCUGCAGAGGGUGCUGUUUCUGGUGGGGCUCUUCUACACCGGUCUGCUGCCUUUCGUGCCCCUGCGAGAGCAGUUCCUGGAAAUCCCCAUGCCUUCCAUCAUCACCAAGCUUAAAGACCCUCAGACGAUGACAAGGCGUCAGCGAUUGAUGGCGUGGCUGGCAGACACGCUGCUCAUGAGGAAAUCCUUGUUCAAUCACCUGCAAGCACGAGGGAUCCAGGUUUAUGUCUGGGUGCUGAACGAUGAAGAGGACUUCAAGCGUGCGUUCGAUCUGGGGGCGACAGGAGUGAUGACAGACUACCCCACCAAGCUGAAGGAGUUCAUGGAAAGAAACUGCAGCAGUUAGAGCAGCGAACCACCUCCCCCUGCCUCACACACUCAUCUUUCUCUCCCCAGUGACACAGAAGCAGCAGCGAUGGUUCUGCCCCCCAGGCACGUCGGAGGAUAUUGUGAUGUGUCUUAUUACCUCAUUUUAGUCAGUUAAAGUGUAAAUAUUUUCAAUAAUGUUUUAAUGCUGUUUUUUAUUUUUAUUUUGACCUUGUCCUUUUUGACAGCCUGUAAAACACUGUCAGAUGCGUACAUGUUAGACUAAAAGGGUAAAAGGUUGUAGUUGGAAUGGAUCACUAGAUGACACUUAGUUUGCAAAUUUCUAUCAGCCCAUUUCUGUUCACCUAACAGUAUUCUACUGUAGCUGUACAGCUGGCGGUAAGCCUUAUUCAGUGGUGCUGUGGAACAGAAAUAGCGAUUGAUUUUCUCUUUCCAAGUCACAGCAGCACUGUAUUUUCUGGAAAGAGAAAAGAGAAAAGUUUAAUAUGCUUUAAGGACCCUCUCUGCUAUUCAGAUUGAACAAUAGAUGGUUAUUACAUUAUAGAAUAGUCCUGGAAUCAAUAAAUAAAAUAUCCUAGCAACAGCAGUGGAAUAAAACAUCCAUGCCAUUUUAAUGCCUGACUUUACUGCUGCUAUUCCAACAGCAGGUGGCAGCACCAGCUAAUGCAAGCCACAAUGAAACAUGAUCACUGCAGGCAUUGUCUGAGUGGUCUUCAUUUACACGUGAUGGGAAAUGCACCCUAAUAAUCGUCAAAGCACAGCAACGUGUAAUAAGGUGAAACCCAGAGAGGUAAAGAAUUGUAAAUGCAUAGUCUAACUGUGGGAAAAGCAAAGGGUUACAGAGGAGUUUUCUAUGAGUAUCCACACAGUCGCUGAUCAGAGUGGGCUCUACAGACAGGUUGUAUUCAGUGCACUUUACAUUGUCAGACUGCUUUUCCUGAAGCACGUCCCGAGUGUAAGUGAAGCAGGGUGUGUUCAGGGCAGGAAUAGCUGUGUUAUUCCUCUGAGUCGCGUCUCCAGCUGACCAUGUGUUAGAAUAGAAAGUGCUGCAGAGAGGGCUUGCCGUUGCUCAGAUAGAGGAGAGCCGGGGUACCCCCAGGGGAACGCUGCACUGGCAGUGCUGACUGUACCUGUGGAUGCUGCAGGAUUGGGCUGAGAAGUGAGAAGAAGCUACUGUGUGAGCCGGGUGCUGCUUUUAAGGUGGAAUUGUGAAGAUGAGUAGGGUUGGUUUUGGUAGUACAGAUUGAUACAUGCUGUCUUUUUAUAAAGGUGGAAUUGUGAAGGUGAGUAGGGUUGGUUUUGGUAGUACAGAUUGAUACAUGCUGUCUUUUUAUAAAGGUGGAAUUGUGAAGGUGAGUAGGGUUGGUUUUGGUAGUACAGAUUGAUACAUGCUGUCUUUUUAUAAAGGUGGAAUUGUGUAAUGACUGUUUUGAAUGUUGCUGGGGUUCUUGGUAAAUAGAGUUGGUUUAUAAUGCAGGAUUGUUUUAUUUUGGUCUCGUAUGUAUUUUUGUUGUUAGUAACAUGGUUGGGAAUUUGUUUUUUAAAAGAGUUAAGAUCUAAUCUCCACCCGAGAGGUAGCUCUGGGGUUUAGGGUUACCCCUGUAUCCCACUCAAGACCAACCCCUUUUAAAUGUGUGUCCCAGUUAAAAAAAUACUUAAGUAAUCAGUUAUGUAAUGGGUAAUUAAUCCAAGCAUUUUUAAUUGUUUUAAACUAUUGUUUGCUUGUUUAGCUACAGCCUGCAGGAAAGUGUUCACUCUUUAAAUAACUUUGAUACACGCCUGUGUUCUAGGAGGUCUCUGUCACGUUUGAUUUCCAGGUACCAUACAAGAAGUAUUGACCAUUCAACAUCCUUACAUGCUUUCAAAUGCUAAAAUGCCAUCUGAGCUACAAGAAUGUGUAUAUGUAUGUGUAUGUAUGUGUGUUUGUGUGUAUAUAUAUAUAUAUAUAUAUAUAUAUAUAUAUAUAUAUAUAUAUAUAUAUAUAUAUAUAUAUAUAUAUAUAUAUAUAAUAUACCACAAGGGCAACAUAAAUAACUGAAUUUCCUAGAAAUACAUCCAUGCAUACAUACAGAAAUAAAUGCCAAUCGUUUUCUAACCGUUUUGUAUAUGUAGAAUUGAUAUUAAAUAAUGCCUAGAGUGUCACCUUGUAUCAAAGUUGUAAGUAAUUGAUUCUAGGGUUGUAUGAUGUGACAUUCAAGGAGCCUGUGUUUCUAGCAGUCAGUUUGUGGAGGUGUGAACUUGGCAGUGUUUUUGGGCGUGACUAGCUGUGCAAAGCAGAGCCAGGUUCUUUCAGGCAUUCAGCUCGAGGAACGCAGAAGAACGUGUCCAGUUUCUGAUUCUCUGCUUUACGGGUUGUCUAUUUCAAACUCACCAGAAUGUGCAAUCAGAAAGCAGCUGUGGGACAGAGGGAUUGCUAGAUACUUCAUCGGGCAACGCUGUUGAGUAACUUGAGUGUAGACACAGCUGGUCUUUCUCACUGUUAAACCGGGGCUAAGCAACUUUACUGGGCAAGUAGUUUUUAACCACAGUGGCUACACAUGUGACACCUUAUUUCACAAGUACUAGAGACAUCCUAGAAGACAGGCAGUCGCGUCUGGAACACACAGACAGGCAGUCGCGUCUGGAACACACAGACAGGCAGUCGCGUCUGGAACACACAGACAGGCAGUCGCGUCUGGAACACACAGACAGGCAGUCGCGUCUGGAACACACAGACAGGCAGUCGCGUCUGGAACACACAGACAGGCAGUCGCGUCUGGAACACACAGACAGACAGUGGACAGUCUUAGUCUGUCUAAUCUGGUAGAGAGCUAGCCAUUGCCCCAUCCCUACAUGGGAUUUGCCUGGAAAAUGUCAUCACUAUAAACCCUGUUUGUUUUGUGUAGAAAGACAAAAAACCAACAACUAGUAAACAGAUGCACGCUGUCUGCUGUUUACACUCUAGCACAAAUAUUUGAAUGAGUUGUGAAGCAAAUAAAAAUCAUAAAUUCUUGCUAUAAGAAAAUGAAAUAAAGAGCUGAAAAUAAAUACUUUGAAAGAUUU